GGCCUACAUUAACUCUUCGAGACGAAGGCAUCGUCCGCUCUCUUCCAGUCUUCCUUCCUCCCUCUCUCUUGGAGCCUCUGACCCCGGGCGUUCUUCUCUACCCCUUCGGAAACCCUAGCUCCGAUCCGGCCUCCCCCGUUCUCUGCCUGCCAUGGCGGGGAGAUUCGGGUUCGGCCCCUCGUCGACGGCCGAAUCCAUGGUUGUGGUGAGCACGCCGAACCAGGAUCUCGCUCUUACCAACUUCGCCUACUGCUCCACCGGCGACCUCCGGAAGUUCUCCACGCCUGGAUCGAGCCUCAUCUUCACCCUCGUGGGGAACUCCGUCGUCCUCAACUUGCGUGCUCAUGAAAGCAUUCGCGAUGGUCAUAUCGCUUUGAAUGCCCUUCAACGUCGCCAUACAAAAGUUUCUGCGGGUGACUCAAUAUCUGUUAGCAGGUUUGUUCCCCCUGAUAAUUUUAAUCUAGCAUUGCUGACAUUAGAGUUGGAAUUUGUUAAAGGGAAGACUAACAGAACCGAGCAAUUAGAUGCUGUUGUUCUUGCUCAACAACUUCGGAAAAGAUUGAUUGAUCAGGUUAUGACAACUGGUCAAAGAGUGUCAUUUGAAUUUUGUGGAACAAAUUAUAUCUUUACAGUCAAUCAGGCUAUGCUAGAGGGCCAGGAAGAUUCCAAAGCCAUGGAAAGAGGAAUGAUAUCCAACGAUACAUAUUUUAUUUUUGAAGCUUCUCCAAACUCUGGCAUUAAGAUAGUUAAUCAGCGUGAAGCUGCCAGCAGCAACAUUUUCAGACAUAAAGAAUUUAAUCUUGAGAAGCUGGGGAUAGGAGGAUUGAGUGCUGAAUUCACGGACAUUUUUCGAAGAGCUUUUGCAUCUCGAGUUUUUCCUCCGCACGUUGUUAAUAAAUUGGGUAUCAAGCAUGUCAAGGGAAUGUUGCUUCAUGGGCCUCCUGGAACUGGCAAAACUCUUAUGGCUCGUCAGAUUGGGAAAUUAUUGAAUGGAAGGGAACCCAAGAUUGUUAAUGGGCCUGAAGUGUUAAGCAAAUUUGUUGGAGAAACAGAGAAGAAUGUGAGAGAUUUAUUUGCUGAUGCUGAGAAUGACCAAAGGACUCGAGGCGAUCAGAGUGACCUACAUGUCAUCAUUUUUGAUGAAAUCGAUGCUAUUUGUAAGUCUAGAGGGUCGACGAGGGAUGGUACAGGAGUACAUGAUAGCAUAGUUAAUCAGCUUCUCACAAAGAUAGACGGUGUUGAGUCUUUAAACAAUGUGCUGCUUAUUGGAAUGACCAAUCGGAAGGACCUGCUGGAUGAAGCCCUCUUAAGACCUGGACGCCUGGAGGUUCAUGUUGAGAUUAACCUCCCUGAUGAACAUGGUCGUUUGCAAAUUCUUCAAAUACAUACAAAUAAAAUGAGAGAAAAUUCUUUUCUUGCAGCAGACGUGAACCUUCAAGAACUUGCUGCACGUACGAAGAACUACAGUGGAGCUGAACUGGAAGGUGUUGUCAAAAGUGCUGUCUCAUUUGCCUUGAAUCGGCAAAUAAGCAUGGAUGAUCUUACUAAACCUUUAGAUGAGGAGAGUAUAAAAGUUACAAUGGAUGAUUUUUUGUAUGCUAUGCAAGAAGUUGUCCCUGCAUUUGGUGCAUCCACAGAUGAUCUCGAACGAUGCAGGCUUAAUGGUGUGGUUGACUGUGGUGAGAGGCAUAAGCACAUCUAUCAAAGAGCUAUGCUUCUUGUGGAGCAAGUUAAAGUAAGCAAGGGAAGCCCACUUGUUACUUGCCUUCUGGAAGGUCCAAGCGGCAGUGGUAAGACAGCAAUGGCAGCUACGAUUGGCAUUGACAGUGAUUUCCCCUAUGUCAAGAUAAUCUCAGCAGAAACAAUGAUUGGUCUCAGUGAGAGCAGUAAAUGUGCACAAAUUGUUAAGGUAUUUGAGGAUGCUUACAAAUCUCAAUUAAGCAUCAUAAUUCUGGAUGACAUUGAAAGGUUAUUGGAGUAUGUUGCUAUAGGGCCACGCUUUUCAAAUUUGAUUUCACAAACAUUAUUGGUCCUCCUGAAACGACUUCCUCCAAAGGGUAAGAACAUGCUGGUAAUUGGAACAACAAGUGAGGCGGGCUUUCUGGAGUCUCUUGGCAUAUGUGAUGCAUUCUCUGUCACAUACCAUGUUCCAACUCUAGACAAGGCAGAUGCCAAAAAGGUUUUGCAAGGGCUUAAUGUAUUUGCUGAAGAUGAUAUUGAUUUAGCGGCUGAAGCGCUGCAUGAUAUGCCCUUGAAGAAGUUGUAUAUGCUUGUGGAGAUGGCUGCACAAGGAUCCACGGGAGGAAGUGCAGAGGCUAUUUACUCUGGAAAAGAGAAGAUUAGCCUAAAUCACUUCUAUGAUAUCUUGGGUGACAUUGUGUCCUUCCGACACUGAGUUUUUAUAUAUUACUCUGACAUCAGAUAAGUAGGUAUGAUUUUUGUGGAUUAAUUUUUUCUUUUUCUUCGUCAUGUUUUUGACACUCAGACAAUUUUCUUUUUCUCCAGUUUUUUGUUCCGAUGAGGGUGGUUGUUCCUUGUUAUUCUUUUCUGCUGAAUAGGUCUGAGCUUAAAUCACUAUAGUAGAUGAGCUCUGGUAAUAUUUCGGUGUUAGUGUUCCGGUGAGACAUUUUUCCUUUAUAUUCUUUUGGUAAGAAGAACCAGUUUGCAGCACUGAUAUGUACUCAUGACGUAAAGUUAAUUGGAAUUAGCGUUGCUUUCAUAUCAUUGUCACGACA